AUGAGUCGGAGGCCGUUUCCUCGCCGCCGAUUAUGUCUGCGUGCCUACGAUUGCUCUACGAUUACCGUCGAAGUCCAGUAUACGCGAUCCCUUGCCGAUUGCAAAUGCUUCAAGAACAUGCAGUGUCGGAACCUUUACCUGCUACAGGCAAGCAACGAUCGGUGUAUGAUGUCGACUAAACGGCGGACAGGGAAGAGGAGGCAGCGACAACGGACGCUGGCGCUACUGGUGGUACCUCUGCUCCAUCCACCAUCGUCGAUUCAAGGGCGACGACGACCCCUGGGGGAACAAAGCUUAAAAGGAGUCUUUGGAAUUGGAAAACUAAGUUUCAGGAAAUCGGAGGUCUUCUACAUGUCCCAUUUGGCAUUGUGUAUUAUUGAAAAGUUGAAUAUUUCAACCAGGUCCAUUAGUUAAUUCGGGGCUGCUAUCAACUCUGCAAAUGGGAGCACAAAUAUGAAUAGCCAAUCAAGGAUUAUGAGGAUGAUAAUUGAAGGCUACACAAAUGUUGUCAAAUGUUGACUUUGGGUUUACUGUGAGUACAUGUGCAGCUGCUUCUGAUGGAAAUGAUGCCAUUGUGGGAGAGCAAGUUGGGAUUUAGUUCUCAUGUGGCUAACACCAUUCCUGCAACCACAAUUCCCAUGGUACAACAGCAACAACAGCAGCAAGCCUCCGGAAUUGAUGAUUCCGCCUGGCUUAUGUACAAAGAUGGGAAUGUUUAUGUCCCUAAUCCUUAGACUGAUUCCAUUCCAUGCAGAGACAUCUGAACUUUGGAUGAAUCCAAGGGACAUUCCAAGUCUACAAUCGGCAUCAUACUACAACAUGGCAAGCACAAACGCCAAAUGGCACAUAUCUACCUUCACACACUGCACACGCUUCAUUAAAUGCAGCGAGACAGCAUUUUGACACCAUGAAAGAAAUCGGUUCUACAUAUUUCGAUUGUUGUUUUGCCUUCCGAUGUAACUAACGCAUUGACUAUAUCGAUGAAAAUACAUUGCCAUUAUGUCGUUAAGGUUUUUCUGUUUCUUGCAGAUAACUCAAGAGAUCAUAGUUAUUGCCAGCUCAAACCAUGUUGAUUAACGUACUUUCUAACCCACGCAAUGCGUGGGAAACUCAUCUAGUUAUUAUUAUUCUUAUUAUUAUUAUUAUAUUAAAGUUGUGGACAAAAAGAACAGUAAAGCUGA